GCACCCCGGCUUCCCGCAACUCGGGCACGCGAAACCGGCGCGAAGGACGAGCGCCCGAGACGAGCGGUAACCCGACCGCCCAGCGUCCCCCGCGGGCCGCGCGCCCUCGGGCCAGGUCCCCCGGCUCAAGUCUCCCUCGCGCGCCUCUCGGCCGCAACCUCCUCGCGCGCGGCGCAGCGGCGUCGCGCUGGCGCGAGUACGCGCCCUGCGCUCUGGCUGGCUGGGGCGCACGCGCGCGCGCGGGCUCCGAGGCGGGGCGAGGGGCGAGCAGCGCGAGUGCGUGCGAGGGUCGCUGUGGAUCCGCGGGCACUCCGGCCGCAGCCGCGCCAGCGAGUCUCUGCCCGCCGCCCGGCGGACGAGGGAAGCGGGGAAGGCGGCCGUGGGGGCGGGGCGGCGGCGGGCCUUGGGCGAGCUCGGGGAGGAGCGCGGCAGCGACGGCGGCAGCUCCCGGGGACGAGGACUAGGAGGAGGCGGAGGCUCUUUCCUCAUCCCAGACCCAGGAGCGUCCCAGACGCAGCGCCCGGAACUGGGGGACGCGGCGGCUGCAGGGAGCCCGGGCUAGAUUCUGGAAGAAGACAUGACUGUCUGCAAUGAUACAUCCUGACAAGAAGUUAAUACCAGAGAAGGAAAAGAAAUCAACAGCUAGUGAACAGAAUUUUAAACAACCAGGAUUUUGCAUUUGUUACUUCUAACUACAGACUUAUAUUGCCUACUUUUAAAUUAUCAGGAUUCCCAGAAUUUGGACAAGAUAUUUUCUUCUGUAUUUUUUUUUUUUUUGACAUUGAGAAAACUGCAAUGUCUAGGAAACAAAGCCAGAAGGAUUCUUCAGGAUUCAUUUUUGAUUUGCAGUCCAAUACCGUAUUUGCCCAGGGAGGAACUUUUGAGAACAUGAAAGAGAAGAUAAGCGCAGUGCGUGCAAUAGUUCCUAAUAGGAGCAACAAUGAAAUCAUCCUGGUUUUGCAGCACUUUGAUAAUUGUGUGGACAAAACAGUUCAAGCAUUCAUGGAAGGCAGUGCCAGUGAAGUACUCAAGGAAUGGAUAGUAACAGGCAAGAAAAAGAACAAAAAGAAGAAAAGCAAACCAAAGCCUGCAUCAGAAGCAAAUAACAGUGUCCCAGACUCCAGUAAGUCAGUACCCAUUAAAGAGGAACAACCUGCAUCUUCAGAGAAAGGUGGCAUCAAUGGUUACCAUGUUAACGGUGCCAUCAAUGAUGCUGAGUCUGUGGACUCACUCAGUGAAGGGUUGGAGACACUUUCUAUAGAUGCCAGAGAAUUGGAAGAUCCUGAGUUUGCCACACCAGAUACACUGGAUAGAACUGGAUCUGUGCUGGAGAAUGGUGUCUCUGACUUUGAGCCCAAAUCUUUGACUCCGCACUCUGUUCCGAAUGCCCAGCAGUCCCGGAAUGCUGCCAAAUCUCUCUCAAGAGCCACCACAGGAGCCCAGGUUUCAAAUCUGGGAAUGGAGAAUGUUCUGUCGUCUUCUACCAAUAAAAAGCUAGGUUCUAACAUUGAGAAAUCUGUGAAAGACCUCCAGCGCUGCACCGUGUCUCUUGCGCGGUACCGAGUCGUAGUUAAAGAAGAGAUGGAUGCAUCCAUCAAGAAAAUGAAGCAAGCGUUUGCUGAGUUGCAGAGCUGUUUAAUGGACCGAGAAGUGGCGUUGCUUGCAGAAAUGGACAAAGUGAAAGCUGAAGCAAUGGAAAUUUUGCUCACCCGGCAGAAGAAAGCAGAAGUUCUGAAGAAGAUGACGGAUGUGGCUGUGCGGAUGUCAGAGGAGCAGCUGGUUGAACUCAGGGCUGAUAUCAAGCACUUUGUCAGUGAGCGGAAGUACGAUGAAGACCUGGGAAGGGUGGCCCGGUUCACCUGUGAUGUGGAGACUCUGAAACAGAGUAUCGAUUCAUUUGGACAAGUGUCCCAUCCAAAGAACAGCUAUUCGACCAGAUCUCAAUGCAGCUCGGUGGUAUCUGUGUCCUUAAACGGCCCGGGUGAUGGGUCUGCUGCUUCCUGUUCCCCCUGUGCUCCCAGCCUUCCAGGUGCUAACAAGAGACACUGUGCCCCAGGAGAGACUUCAGCAGCCAUGACAGACUCCAGUGACGGACCCGGCCAGGCUCAUCGGGAGGUAUUUCCAGGAAACCGGCGAGGAGGCCAAAGCUACAGACCACAAAGCCAGAAGACCACUGACCCCACAAGCCGAGGACGGCAUGACAGUGCGAGUCGCUACAGAAACAGCUCGUGGUAUUCAUCUGGGUCCCGCUACCAGAAUACUCCACCUCAGGCCUCAGGAAAUGCUAGUGAAUGGAGCCAGGCUUAUUCUUCAGGGACCAAUGGAGUUGGAGCCAGCAUGACACCUAGCCUACCCAAGCCUUCAUUCAAAAAGGGGCUUCCACAGCGCAAACCGAGGACCUCUCAGGCUGAAGCUGUGAACUCUUGAGGGAAAUGCCAGUUGGCUUCUCUCUUCUUCCCAUUCAGUUCAAUCUAGUAACUGGGCUUUAGGAAAUGUAUACUUAGAUAUAAUAACAAAAAGAAAUUUAUGCAUAUCACAUUGGGCCAUCCUAAAUAUUUUUUGCUUUCUCCUCUUGUUAUUUUUUGAGAGAAAGCUGUUUUUCCUUGGCCUUUCCUAGUGAUAUGGACUGACCCGGUUGGUCAUUUUCACCAGGAAUGAGGACAGCUAUGGUUGGUUUUCCCAAGGGUAAGCAGCCUGUCUUCCAGCUGCCCACAGAGGCUGCCUUAGAGGAAGGGUGACGGUGCUAGUCUGUCACCUUUCCAUUCGGAGCAGACGCCACAGGUCUGCCAGGUUACCACUCAGUGUUGGUUAAAGGGGGGCAGCAGUGAGGGGACUUCAUACAGUAGCGAAUCAGCCAGAAAAGGGAACUCAGCGUUAAUGUGUGAAGAGGUGCGAACACUAGGAAUCAUUUGGGAACCUGCCUCUCUUCGGAAUGUGCCUGAGAUCAGACGCUCAAAUCAGGGUUUCAGUCCCAUGCUUGGCACUGACCUUAACCUUCAGUUUCUUCAAAAUGCCCAACGCCUUGUUUCCUCUUACCUCAGGCUGCAACCCAGUCUAAAGAAGUCUAUGGGGAAGUAGCAUUUUAAGUUUUUAAAAGGAAAAAAAAAAUGUUUUUUCUUUGUUUUAGUGUUUUGGAGAUUUUUGUUGUUCUCGCCCUUCCUUGAUCUGGUUAGGAACCCAUCUCUAGUAAUAUAAUUAGUGUUAAUCUGAGGGUUACUCAGCACAAUCGUUGCCGUCAUCUUUAUAGGUGAAUAAAUAAAAGCAACUGCAUCAAUGUUCCAUGUUUCACAGCAGCAGGUGACUUCAGUAUCUCUUUCUCUUUGGGCCUCGCGGGUAGCAGUCACUAGGACAGCUUGUUCUGUGCUUCAGCGACGGUAUCUGAUUCCCAAGUCAUUGGUUUGCUGUCGCCUGGUUUUAGAGCCAGGUUAAAAUGUGCAGGCCAGGAUGAGCAAAUGCAGACUUAGCGGAUGAGCUGCUCUUCCCCGUGCCUUGACAGGAGGAGUGAAUGGAACUAUAUAACUGAGCUCCUGCGUGUAGCAGGUGGCACCUCCCGCCCCACUGUCCUUCCUCCAGCAAGUUUUCUCCCUAGCCGGGAAUUCUGCUGCCUCAGGCCUCCCCUGGCUCUCAGUGGAACUGAGCUGCCAAGAGUUCAGGGUGGCUACAAAGGGAGAGGAGUGGGGAGAGAGAAGAGAAGAGGAAGGGGAGAAGGAGCGGGGAGAAGAAAGGAGAGGGAAAUACGAGAAUGAGAUUGACUUGUAGUCAGGAAAAUAGCAGCCACAAGUACCUUGGAAGUCAUUUUUGCAAGGGACUGACCGCCAUGUCCGCUGGGGCUCUGGAGAAAGCCUCCUUUCCUGAUCAACUGCUUUAUACUUUCUAGGAAUCCAGAGACUAACAUGACCCCGGAGGGCCAAGAGAGCUUCCCUCCCUAUUUCUGUUUUAUUUUUCAUGAAAAGAGAUCAUAUUAUCUGUUUGGGCUUCUACCUUUUAGCCUCGUUGAAAUUUUACCUUUUUGUUUUCGUUUUAAGAUUUAUUUAUUGGGGCUGGAGAGAUGGCUCAGUAGUUGGGAGAGCUGGCUGUUCUCCUAGAGGACCCGAGUUCAAUUCCCAGCACCCACGUGGCAGCUCACAACUCUCUGUAACUCCAGGAUCGGACACCUUCACACAGACAUAC